CAUUAACAUAUUCAACUUGAACUCUUGUCACAGCAUCAUAGUCAUUUUUGUCUCACCAAACAACAAAGAAAUUGAAGAGGAAACAUCAAAGAUGGGUCUGCUUGGAAAAAACUUCACUUCAAAAAUAAGAAAUAUGGCAACACUUGCUGUAUCUAGGAUUUCAAUCUUGAAGAACCACCACAAAGCUCGAGCUUCUUAUGCCUACUCUGAUGUUGCUCAACUCCUUCGCCUUGGUUACCAUGACCGUGCUCUACUUCGAGUGGAGCAUUGGAUAAGAGAACAGAACAUACUGGAUGUGUUUGAUAUGAUAGAAAUUUACUGUAACUACCUAAGAGAAAGUGCAGAACUACUUGAGAAGAACAGGGAUUUUCAUAAUGAGCUCAAGGAAGCAACAUCUAGCCUUAUCUUUGCAUCUUCAAGGUGUGGAGAAUUUCCAGAACUGCACAAGAUUCAAGAGAUUUUGACAUCAAAGCUUGGGAAGGAGUUUGCGGAUGAAGCUAUUGAGUUGCAUAGAAAUAAUGGAGUGAAUGCUAAGAUGAUAGAAAAGCUUUCAACAAGAGGGCCUAACAUGGAAAUCAGAAUGAAAGCGCUGAGGCAGAUUGCUGCAGAAAUUGGUGUUACUUUGCAUUUUGAGCAGGAACCUAUAUUGACAAAUGUGAACAAAUGGCAAGGUGAAGUGAAAACCAAACAAGGGAGCAGUGCUAAUGAUCCUAAGCAUAAGAAUGUAACCAUGGAAGAGGGUUCAUAUGAUAGGAACAAGGAUAGAACCAAAGAAGCCUUGGAAGAAUUUCAUUCAAUUCAAAAUCCAAAUUCAAGAGAUAGCAUGAAAACAUCAUCAAGGAACUCUAAGUUAAUUCCCAAUGAAAAGGUCAAGGGAGAUUCAAAUCAUGAAGACUCUGUUGAAGAAAGAACAAACCCUUCUAUAGUAACAACUCAUUUUCCAAAGCAGAAUCGAACGCAGCAUGAUCAUGUAGAUUGGAAGAUCAUGUCAGUUAGGACAAGAUGAACACAGAGAUGAACAAUUGUUGUAUUUAUUUUUGAAAAACAUUUGUUGUUUCAUUUGUAUAACAUUUGGAAUUAAGAUGCAAAAGUUUUUGGAUA